AUGAUGUGGCACCGUACUGGCUUCUUCAAUGAUAGGCCGGCCGAUGUGUCGUUUGAAAACGGCGAUGUGGCGGUUUCGCAAGUUGUCGGGGAUAAAUGGCCGCAGGACUCCUUGCUUUUUGGUGUGUCUCUGUGUGUGUGUGUGCGCUGUCACUACAAGUACUCGAGUGUGCGCGGGACGUUGCGUUUGGAGCCGCACAGACGGCGUGUGUUGCCACAAUGCGCUGCUUAUUUUUUAGCUUUUCAACGAUGCCGCGACUGUCUGAAUUCUUUUUGUUGCGCUCGCAGUGUCACGCCGGUCGACAGGGGCUUUUUUUUUUGUUUGGUGGGGGUGGGAAGCGUGCUUGUCUGA